AUGAUUGCAUGCACAAAAGUCAACUCGAAGAAGAAGCCCGCGCUUUACGCAAGUACCAAUGGCAAUGAUGGAGACAACAACGACAAGGCGGCAACGGCGUCGUUCUUACCCAGGAUCAUUCAAACGCGAGGAGUUCCCCUUCAUAUCUACCCGGACAAGCUCGAGACUUCUGCGCUCAAACAGUCGAUUCGAUUGGAUUGGCGGAAAGUCCAGUGCCCGUCGAUCAUGUCAGCAUCAUGGCAGAUGGACACAUGGGAAAAGGUGUCACGGUCGGAACGGUAUUCGCCAGCAAACAAGUAUGUUUGCCCUAAUGCGGUUGGAGUUGGUACGAUAUUGAAUGAGAUCCAACAAAAGAUAAAGGAACGCAUUCCCACUGGACUUAAUCAGCAUUCCACCAUUCCACCUGAACGAUGCGAGUCCUUGACGAGAUCACAGCUGACGUCGAGCCCACCGAUUUUCUAA